CCCGCCCCGCCCAGGGCGCAGAACAGGAAGGCGGCGCUGCGGCGGCUCCGGUUCCGGCGGUGCCGGGCGAUGGCGUCGCCGGGGCUGAGCGAGCGGGAGCGAGCUGGUUGUCGGGAGCUGCUGGAGCUCCUCAGGACCGAGGAGUUGCUGGCGCUGACGGACACCGUCACCAACCGCAUGGUGCAUCCGGAGAGCCGCCAAGAAGCCAUUCAUGCCAUUUUGGUUUACAGCCAAAGUGCAGAAGAACUUUUGAAACGCAGAAAAGUCUAUCGAGAGAUAAUUUUUAAGUAUUUGGCAGCACAAGAAAUUCCAGUACCUCCUUCCUCUGAGAAACAUCAACUCAUUGAUUGUGUAAAGCUGUACUGGAGUGGAAAGCUCCCAACAUGUGCCUCAGAAUCAGAAGAGAAAAAAACGCAUGCAGAGAGUCAUGGAGAGAGACAAAAGUCACCACAAGAUCACAUUCACAAUCUAGGAGAAGAAUUCUGUCAAUGGUUCUUUGAACUCCUGAAUUCUCAACAUCCCUUGGGAGUAAAAUCUGAAGAAGGAUGGGGACCACAGCACUUCUGGGAGGAUGCUAAAAUGAAGUUGUGUUACAACACAUUAGAAAAAAACAUGGAAGAAUAUGUUGGUGCAGAAAUGGUUAGCCUUCGUCUGCUGUCAUUGGUUAAAGACGAAUAUAUUCUAUUCAACCCUAAUUUGCAUUCCAAUGGACUGAAGUGUGCCAUGUCUCCCCAUGGGUUAGUACUGGUGGCUGUGGCUGGCACAGUACAUAGAGACAACACUUGUUUGGGCAUCUUUGAACAAAUUUUUGGACUUAUUAGCUGUCCUGUUAGGGAGAAUACCUGGAAAAUAAAAGUUGUGAAUCUUAAAAUAGUUGGACAGAACGCUAUGGGUCCUGGGAUGCAAAUUGAAAAACCGUCCCUAAAAUACGAGGCAAACCAACUGCAAGCGUUAUACGAUGGGAAAGAACUGACUGUUUGAACCUCAGAAAUUCUGAGCAACUCUUUCACAACUGAGUGACUGGGGGAACACACCUCUUUUAGUGCAUAGCUGAAUAUUGAAAUAGUUAGAGGCAUGUGAUGUCUCUUUUUUGAGCCAGACCUGCUGGAUGACAAACUGAGAUACAGAUUCUAAAGUGUUAAUACAGGUGAUGCUUUUUGGGUACCCUUUCAAGAGCAACAAACAUUUCAGAGAAUGACUUUAGAUUUUGUACUGUAAUUGUGAAUGGAGUUAGUUUGAUCAUUCUUUCCUAAAACGUGGUUACAUUUAAAUAUGGGUUGGCAGCAGUAUGUAAUGAACUAGAUGACUUGGAGUUCACAAUUUUCAGCUUGCUUCUCUUCACCUCAUCAGUUUAAACUCUUAUCUGAGUUGUAACACCAAGUCAUUUCUUCUGCCUUUUUGAAAUGGGAUUAGCAAGUGUCUAAAUGGACAUGUGAGUCCCAAGAAAACCAUCUGCUAGUGUAGGGAGUUUUUGGAGAGAACAGACAUAAUAAUACAAAUACAAAUACAAACUGCUGCCAUUUAUCUUCUAAAUGUGGUUCCUCACUGUAUAACAGAAGUAGCUUAAGGGGACAAUGCAAGGAACUUUGCAUCGUUGAAGUCUUUGUCUUUGGGUUAAUAGCUUCCUUUCCUUUUACCUUAUGGUUCCAACUUUGUCAUGAAUACAGACAAAUUCUCUGUUGUUUUGUGUCCUCAAGUAGACAAAUUUGAGAUGGUUGCCCAGGCAUCUAUUUGUAGCACUGGCUCACUGACUCUUAUAUCAAGUAGUUGAUUUCAUGAGCUACAGCAGCACUGUAUGAACCAAAUGCUUUGAUAAUUAUUUUGUAUGUACAUAAAACAGAGUUUUUAAUAUAAAAGAUGUGAUUUUUGUAUAUUUUCUCAAAAUAAGAAUUUUAUCUAUGGUGAAGUGCUUAUUACAUUGACAUUACAUCUUGAGUUCACUGUAAAAAUUUCUAAAAUAAUUUCUAAGCAAAAUUUCAAAUACUGUGUUGGAAUAUUCUAUCCCAAUAAAUAGUUGAGUUGUAGCUUCUUACGCUACUCAUGUAUAAUAAAUAAAAAUCUGUCUGAGUUUCAAAUUCGGAAGAAGCAGUUUCCUUGGUUGUGUUGAGAAUUGCAUUCCUGUUCAGGUGAGGACAAAAGCCUACCUGAAGGCCUGAAUGGGUACCUUUUCAACAUUCAGUAUGACCAUCUGUAAUUCAACUAAAUAUUUUGUCAUUUGCAGAACUGUACUUUCUAACUGGCAGCGUAGCUAUUACUUUGGUUAGUGUGUUUAAUAUGAACAUAAUUAAAGGUGUAGUUUUCAUUACUCCUGUAAGCUGCUGUGGUGUGGGUGGUCCACUCCCUCCACUCGGUACCUGUCCUGGUUUCCUUCUUGUGUCAGCAUUAUUACUUCUGCUAACUCUGAACAGGAGGGACUGGUCCCAAUGAAACCUAACUACUUGUCAGAAAAGCUUCAGACUGAUCAGCUCUGUCGGAAGGCUGGCCACACAAGUGCUAGUGUCAAUGUGAGGAAGAAAGAUGAAAAUUUGCUUGUUUUGGUGAGAAACUGGAUUUCUGUGGGAUUAAGAAAAUGAUCAAAUAACAGCCUUCAUUAAUUCUUACGUUCAAAAUGUUUAUGUGUGAUCACUUCAAAAUAUUGUCUGCAAGGAGUGUUGUGGCAAAUCAGCUUUUUACUAAGGUUGGUACUUAAGAACUUGUUCUUACUUCUUCAGAUCUCCUACACAAAGUACACAAGAUGUUAAAUUGUCACAGCCUUGUGACCUCUGUGUAAAUCCCUAUUCAGCUGCAGACUGGAGUAGAUGCUGUUUGAUUUACUGUUGACCUGCUGGUGCAGUUGCUGCUGUUGGUAUUUGUCAGUUAAUUUGUUAAGAAUCUGCAUCCAUUACUGAUCAUUAGCUGUUGAAUAAUUGACUUUUGCAGCAGCUAAUUUUGAUGUGUCCUUAUGGGUUACUUCAAACUAGUUAUUAAGGAGCAAGUGGUACCAGCAGUUGAUGAGCAGUUGAUGGCAGCUGCUGCGCAGCAAUUAUCCCAGGCUGCUGCUGCUAAAUGCAGGAAAUGGGACAGUAUCUACUUACAAUCUCACCACCUGAGUAUUUGGUAGGCACCAACGGUCAGCUGAUGGUGAGUAACUGUGGUUUUGCAGUUAUUAAUGGGUAUGACUUUUUAUCCUGUGAUCUAUUUUCCUCUUUUUCUCCCAGGCCUGCAUUCGCUCUUUAAAAAGCAUAUUCAUCCCUUCUAAAUGCAUUUUAUUUCCACUUGGAAAAAAAGGAUUCCAGUUCCAUAAUGGUUCUUACAUCUCUCCAUCUUGUACGGAGGCAGAACAGGGUUUUGAAAGCUGCUGCCAGAUCAGUCAGCACCAGCAGAUCUGUUUGCACUCAGGUUGUAAGGGAGGCAGAGAGGUGGCACUGCUUCUGCUCCUUGAUAUGUGGUGUAUCUAGCAAAGCAUGUUCAUUUUAUGCCACGUGGGAGCUGUGAGGUCGUCACUGCAGUAGUGUGCCAUAGGAUAUCACAGAUAAGUUUUAGGUGUUUUGAUUAUUGUUUAUAAUAUAUAUCCUUACUGGAAAUUCAGAAUUUGGUUUUCAAAUAAUUGUCACAUUCAGAAUUUUUUAAUUUUUUUUUUUUUUAAGAAAAACACCAAGUGCUAGGUAAAUUUGAGAAGAUACUUUUAGCUUAACCUUGACUUUAAGGAAAAAGUUAGGACUUGUUUAAACGGAGCAGAGCCAAAAACUUGAAAUAUUGAUGGAAUUG